AUGAAAAGGCACCUUCAAAAUGAGCCAUCUGAACAUGUGCUAGAAUAUGCUCUCCUAACAAUUAACAAAAACAGAAUUAAUUGUGUACAGAAAAAUAUACCCUAUGAAGAGUCUUACUUGAUCAAAAAGAAAAAAUAUGAUAAUCUCCUGGAUUUAAAAUUUUGCCACAUAAGGAGGAAAUCGAACCAAAAUUAUUCGCUCGAUAACACCCUUAGCAAUAUUCACUGUAGUAAUGGUCACACUGCAAGAAGCCAUGAAAACAAUGGAGGAAUAGAAACAAAUUGUAAUCAGUGGAAAGGGAGGAAUCAGAGCUCUGCAUACUUCAUAUUAAGGCAGUGGUGUCAACAGCAGCCUCACCAUGAGGAGCGUUUAUGUGAGGAAAAAGACCUGAAAAGGGAAGAUAACUUCAGAGUAGAAGUGGAUAAAUUGAAUAGGGAAAAUACACCACAUGGGUUCAGCACUCCAUAUGGGAGAAAUUCCCUCUAUAGAACUUUUCAUAAUCGAGCAAGUAGCCACAAGGGCAGAGGAAAGAAUGUACCGAUUAGCUAUGUCGUUAUAGGUAUACACAAACAUAGAAAUAAUACACGAUGCUCAUAUGAAGAAAUGACAGUAGAAAUGGUGAACUAUAAUGUAGAAGAGGAUGGAUUUUAUGUACAGAUACAUGUAGAUGCAAGUGAAAAAUAUAUGUUCCUCUUAUCAAACAAUGAAAUUGUUUUAAUAAGAAAUAUAAAUAAAGAAAAAAAUAAUUUCAUUCAAGGAGAAUUCAUUUUACAUAAUAAACUUUUAAAUAUUCCCAUCAAAAGAAAAAUAAUGAAAACUGAAUGGUUCCCUAAAUCUCCCAAUGUUAUAUCCUUAUUAACAUAUGAACAGACUGAAGUGUAUAAAUUUUACCCUUGUAAAUUUCGAUCAGUAAUUCGAUUGAUUAAUAUCAAGGAAGAGCCUCAUCUAGAAAUAAAAAUAGUCAUUCCGGACAUUGAUAUUUUUCAUCGUAAGAUUAGAAAUGAAAAUAUUGAAAACAUCAAAGAGGAGUUACAUAAAAUGAGAGAAAUUAAUUCUUCCCUUUACUUGUCGAACACGGGAGAAGUUCAAAACAUGGAAACAGAUUCUAAUAGAAUACUUCAGAUGCAAGGGAAGAAUCUCAACCAGCACUAUAAUUGUAGUGAGACAUGGGAUCAAGCUUCGUCCAAUCAUAUAGUACAAAACUAUCACCAGGGAGAACAUGACAAAAACAGUUGUGAAAAAAUGAGCAAGGUAUAUACAAAUUUGGAGUUGAAAAAAAAUUCAAACACGUGCCAUAAUAGGAAUGAAGAUUUAGGAGUAAUUUACGUUAGAGAGAAUACACAAUCUGACCAUGCCAAGAAUGAAGAAAAAAUAUAUUUAUCUAAAAAGGACAAAUAUAAAAAUUUGGUAGUUGAUUACUGUUUCGGUUCUCUUAGUGAAAAUAUUCUAUGGGUAGAAACCUGCUUAUUUGUUCUUUUAAAAGAUGGAAUUAUAUUAAUAUACACACCUAUUAUUACAAAUGAGUGUUACAUAAGUUACUCCUUAUUCGAGGAGAUAACCAGAAUUCAGCAAUUAAGAAUAAAGAAAAAUAAAUGCACGGAUGGUGCGUACUGUGAUAGCAAAAGCAUUAAUGAAGAAUAUUCUGAGGAUUUUCUCUCCCAUUAUGAAUACUUUAAAAACAUUUCUGUUACACAAUAUAGGGAAAAGUUUGUAUGCAUAAAGUUUAAUGAAGAAAAGAAUAACACACAUGGUGAUAGCACUAGAAUAAGCAGCAUUGAUAGAAAUGGUGACAAUCCCCGUGGAAGAACAACACAAAGAAGAAACAUGCCUUCUCACCAUACAUAUACCACGUUUUCAUACGCACCAUAUGUCAUUAAUUGUAUGAAAGGUUCAACCUACCGAUGUAUCAAUUUACUGUAUACCAAUCAGUUAGUAUUUAUUUGUGUUUCUGACAAGUUUGGAUAUGUAUCUUUUAUUAUGUUAAAUUAUUAUAUCACUCCCAGUAUGAGUAUGUCAACUGCUGUGAGUAGCGAUAACACAACAAAAGAACAACCAAAGGAAAGUAAAUUUCAAAAGGCAAUUAAUAUGUUAUCACAUAAAAAAAAAAAAGAAUUAUUUUUUUUUAAUAUUUUUAAUAUUAACGAAAAUGUCAUUUUUGAAAAAAUGACGUUAGCCAAUUUGACAAAUUUAAUUAACAAAGAUCGAUAUGAUGAGUACUACAAUCGAAUGAACAACAGUUAUCAGGUGUCUUUUCUCAGGCGGAAAAUGGCCCAGAGAAAUGCCUCCCAAAAGGACUCACCAGGGGUGCAAAGUACCCACGUUAGGGAGUCUGUCGAAAGGGAAAAUCUUGAAAAAGGAGAAGCAGCUGAAAGGGAUGAAAAUUCUCUGGAGAAUGUUAAAAAUGGCCAAACCUCCGGAAAAAAAAGACAAGUACGAAUAGAAGAUAACUAUCUAGAGGAGGUGCAUCGAAAAACUUUGAAUCAGAUCAUAAAAACAGAAAGGGACGAUGAAAUCGAUUCGAUUUGCCAUGGAUUAAGCAAAAAAAAGUCCCUAUACGUAGAAGUGCUUGCAAAAAAGAAUAAUAGGGAGGAGGAGGAGAAGAGGAAGGAGAAGGCAAAGAAUAAAACGAAUCCAAUACACGGAAAAGUGUGCAUAUCAGACGAAUCAGACGACAAGAUGGAAGACUUCUUCUCAUGCUACGAAGACGAUAAAGAAAUUAUGGAGAAAGAAAUAAAUGAAGAAAUAAACAUUCAAUAUAAUAUGUUAAAUGUCCUAUUAUUUGACACAUAUUAUACAGGGAUGAACAAUAUAAGAACGAUCGUUUUGAAUAGUCACAAUUUGCUAUGUUUUAGUUUUGAUAAAAUUAUACUACUUCAUUUAGUGUGGAUAAAAUUUGUAAAUGUUAUAUUUUACAUAAUUUAUUUGAAGAAUUUCUUAUCAGCCAAAUUAAUUCACGAAAUGUGUAAAAAUGGACUAUAUAUUAAUACUACCAUUUAUAAGGCAACCAUUAGUUUUUAUCAGUUCGAUUAUUAUACUUAUCUGCUGUUUGAUCACACUAAGCAGCUUUCCUAUGAUUCCUUUGUUCAUUUAUUUUCUGGAGAUAUCGGUUCAAAUUUGACUAAUAAAAACUCUAAAUGCAUAACAGACACUCAGAUAAAUUUCGAUCACUUCCAAUCAAGCAUUCUUUACAAGGUGCAAUAUAUUUUGAACCCAAUAAUAAUCGAAGAUGAAGAUGUGAUGUUUCAAGGAAAAAAAUCCCAAGAUGUAUAUUUUAUUUUUACUCAUUUUAUAAAUUUAGAUAGUCAAAGAAAAGAGAAAUUAUUCAUGAGUAAUAAUAUCAACUUCUUCACAUGUUCAGUGUAUAAAAACUUGUUCUUAAUAUACGAUUGUUUUAAACUCCAUAUCAUUAAGAAAGAUAUACAAAAUAGAGAUCCGGAUAAAAGAAUAACAACCCAUUUACUUGUAAGGGGAAAAAAUAAAAACGUUAAAACCUUUUGUCCUAUCCUCAGACAAUCAAAGCUUAGAAAUUUUUACAUCAGCACAGAAAGUGUUGAUGAUGAUUCAGUAGAUUUGAAAUUGUAUACAAAUAUGCUUGCUUUUUACAUAAAUUCACGAUGUAACGAUUAUAUGAACAUGUUAAUAAAAAAGAAUUUCAUUUUCUAUCAAGGGAAAUUAACUCUUUCGAAUGUGAUGAUAAUUAACCGUAAUGGAUAUUCCAAGGGGAAAAAUCCUUUAAAUAAUGAUGCAAGCACAGGAAUGGAUGGAAAAAUGAUUAAAUAUAUGCACAAUGAUGAUUCUCCUGUGGAUAUAUCAACACAAAUGACAUAUCUGAAUGAUAACAGAAACAUGGGGAAGUAUAAUAAAAGAAGUUCUUCCCGAAUGUGGAGUGAACAAGAUAAUGAAAUAUGUAAAGGGAAUACAGGAAACAUGACUUCAAGUAGGGACAUCAAAAAGGGACUAAUAAAUCCAGCAGUUAAUUACAUAUAUCAUAUGAAAAAUGAACCUGAUGUGCACUUCAAAAGGAACCACAACCCUAAUAUUUUACAGGAAAGUAAAGAGAUAGAAUUCCUGAAACAUGCAUUUACCAUAUUGCAUAUUAAUGACAAAAAUGAUGAAAGUCUUUUGGAAAACAGAAAUACAAGAUUAAACGAAGAAAUAAUUUCGACUGUGUGGAAAAAAUACAAUUCCAGAAGAACCAAUAGUUGCAGUAAUAGUAUGAUUGAUCAAAUAAAUCCGGAAAAUCUUAUAAAUGAUAUAAAGAACCAUAUACUAAGGGGAGAUUCUAAUAAGAAUGAGAAUGUACAGUGCCACUUGUUAGUGAAAAAAUUAAUAAAAAUAAAAAAUGACUAUAUACAUGUAAAGGACUAUUAUUUAAAAAAAAAUAAUAUUAAUUUAGACAUGCAACCAAGUGACAUAAAGAGUAAAAUAUACCUUUUAGAAAAAUAUAUUAAACUUUAUUACUUCUUUCUGGAUUUAAAUUCUUAUUAUGAAAAUAAAUUUAAAAAAAUUAAAAAAAGGAUAAUCCAUUCAUUAGCACAUAACGUUAUACAUUUCAUAAAAUCUCAUAUCACCAUUCAAAAUAUGAGCAAAGCAUUAGCAGAGAAAAACAAUAUUUUAAUAAAUGACAUGAACUUAUGUUAUCAAAAGCAGAAGUUAAUUCAGGAAAAAUUUACCUUAUUAAAAAAAAGAGUUUUAUUGCACAAUUUUCUAAAUUCUGAGCAGUUUAGAAAAAAAUAUACAACGUUGAAGGUGUGA